CCGGUGUCUGACCCCUGCGCCCUGCCCUUCUUGCGGGCCCCCGAGGGUCACAGUCCCUCCGUCCAGGCGCGGGCUGGGUCGACGGGGCGGGCCAGCGGCCACGGACCUGGGGCGUGUGCAGACACCGCCUUCCGCGGCCACCGAUAGGUCCCACCCCACCUUGGCGACCUGCGGGCCGGGGCGGGGAGAGGCGGCGCCUGAGGCCGCGCGCACGGCCGGGAGCCCGGAGCCCGGACCCGCGCGGGAGGGAUGUGGGCGCCGGGUGGCGCGCCGGGGCCCGCGGGCUGGGACCGCCGCAGGGUGGGAGCCCGGCUGCGCGCGGCGCUCGCGGGGCUGCACGAGCUGCAGGGGCUGCGCGCCAGGCAGCAGGCGCGCGUGCGGGGCGCCCUGGCCAUGCUCCCCGCGCCCGCGCCCCCAGCACCACGCGGCCCGCGCGCCCACGAGCUGCGGCUGGAUGCGGCGCUGACUGCGCUGCAGGAACAGCUGAACCACUUACGGCACCAGGACAUCGGCCUGAAAACCCACCUGGACCAGCUGGACCAGCAGAUCAGCAAGCUGCAGCUGGGCAUGCGCAGAACCUCCGCCGAGGGCCCAGACAGCGACAGCAGACCCAGCUCAGGUUUCUACGAGCUGAGCGACGGCGGCUCCUGCUCCCUGUCUGCCUCCUGCACAUCUGUGUGCAGUGACCGCGUGUCCUCCUCCCUGAGCGCCUUGCUGCCCACCACCCUCACCUCCCGGCCUGGUGCAGGGGACUGCCGGCCCCACUCGGCCGACGAGACCACAGUGCACGGGGCCCCCCUGUCGGCAUGGAGACCCCAGGCCGCCGAGGAGGGCUCAGCCAGACCCAGGCCGGUGUCCACAGGUGACCUGGAACGAGUCAUAGCGGCCAAGGUGGGCCUCCAGAAAGCCAGCGCAGAACCCAGGCCCGCUUCUCUCCUCUGCCACAUGCUGGACCCCAAGUACCAGCGAGACCUGGUGUCCAAAGGUGGCAGGGAGGCAUACCUGUACCCCAGCCCCCUGCAUGCCGUGGCCCUGCAGAGCCCUCUUUUCGCUCUGACCAGGGAGACCCCACAGAGGGACGGUCCCUCGCCCCCUAGUGAGCCCCCUCCGGGCUCCCCAGGCCCAAGCUCCAUCCAGACCCCACAGGUCCUUCGGGCUGGCCCGGCCGCAGCCUAUAUAGACAGGCUGCUGCGGCUGCGGGGCCACAGGAUGCCCCCAAGGGCCAGUGCGAGUGAGCAGGAACCCACAGGGCACCAGGGGCCCCCGGGCCUGAAGGAGCCCAGUGGCCAGAGAGCAGACAGCAAGGGCAGCCCGCAGAAGCUGGCCUGCAGCCCAGGGAGUGCGGGAGCCGGAGGGGUGGCUCCAAGGGGGGACGCCGGCGGGGACAGCCUCGAGCAGCAGGGCCCUGCUCUCCUUGUGGGCGCCCCCCGCCCCAGCAGCCUCCCAGAGGAGGGGCCUAAGCCCUCAAGGGGCUGUACACGUGGGGAGAGCAUUCCAGGCGCCCCUCAGCCGGGGCAUGGCCAGGCUCCUGCUCCCUGCUCCUGGGCCCCCCGGGCAGCUCUCGGCUGCCAGAAGGGCACUGCCAUCUCCCUGGCAGGCAAGGCGGGCAGGGAGAUUCCCUCGCCGGUCCCCCGGCACCCUGCCCACACUCCCGUCGUGGCUGGUGCAGGGCUGAAAACAGGCCACCCCAAGAAAAAGGCUGUGAAGAUCAAGAAGGGGGCUGGGGACCCAGCCCUGAGAUCUGGGAGGCAGCGACCGCCCCAGGGUGCCCCUGCAGCCCCCCAGCUGCCCCCCGAGUGGGGGCUUGGUCUCAGAAGGGGGCCCACCCUGGUUGGGGAGGCACCCGGCCGCUCCUGCUCUGAGCCCAGACUCUACCCGGUGCCCUUCCUCAUCCCGCUGCUGGUGGCCUGCCGAGAGGGCCACCGGGCGUCGGCCCAGGCCCUGCUCCCCUUGGAGGCAGCCCCCCUCCCUCUCGCCACGGCCGGCAGGGAGACCAGGGGGAGGCAGUUCAGGUGGUUGUCGGCGGUGGAGGUCUCUGCCAGGGCACGGCCUGCUGGCAUCCCUGAGCCCAGCCUGGCGCCCCGCCGGCCCACAGCAAGGAGAGGGGGUGGCCUGCGGCUGCGACCUUUAUGUGCCCAGGCCAGGUCCCAGUUGCCCUGCCAGGGCGGCCAUGCCAGGAGCGAGUCGGAUGGCUCAGAGCACUCAGCUGAGUGUGCGUCUCUGCUCCACUCCACGGUCGCUGAGACCAGCGAGGACCAGGCAAGCGAUCACACCACCAGCCGCUUUGGGGACGGGGAGUCCAGUGGCAGUGACUUGGAGGGUGGUGCCCGGGGCAGUGGGCACAGGCUGGCCUGGCCUCGGGCCACCCCCCAACAGCCCCCGCUGGCCCCUGCCAGGUCCAGGUCACUCCUGCCUCUGGUGCCAAAACUGUGCCGCAUCAAAGCAUCCAAGGCCCUGAAGAAGAAGAUCCGCAGGUCCCAACUGGCCACACUGAAGGUCAUGACCAUGGUGUGAGCCUGCAGGGGAGGGACAGCAUCCCCGGCCCAGACCAGGGGACAGGCCUUCCAGGAGAAGCUGUCCCUUGUGGAACCACAGAUGCAGGGCACACUGCAGGCACAAAGGGGCCUUCUGUGGCUGUGGGCCAAAGCAGGCUCUACUCGGCUGUUACCGUGGGUGUGGGCCUGGGGUCAUCUCACCAGUUUGCUUUAUCUCCCAAGUCACUCAGAAGGGAUGGUGAGUGGGUCCCCUGGGCACCCUGGGUCACUGUGACAGUGGGGGUGCAUUUGCCCACCCCAGUAGAGACCUCCCUAGAGAACGCCAAAGCAGAUUUUACCACCAUCCCCAACAUCUCUGCUCUCCUCUGUCAGCAUCUUCCCAGGAUGGACAGCUGUCAGGCAGGCCCCUCGGAUGCCUGGGGCCCCGUCCUCAGGGCUGCUUGCUCUGGCCUUGCUCUGCCAGCUGGGCAGUGUCUGCCCCCCCUUUUAAGCCACUCAUCUCACAAAACCUUCUCUGUAAGAGAUAGUCACAGGACUGGGUACUGGAGAUUGGGCGGGGGCAUGAAUCGCAGGUGAAGCCCUCGACGUGAAUGGAUGUGAAUGGAUGCUCAGAUCACGCUGUUUUUCUUCACCUCCAUCUCCCUCAUGCCGCCCUGCUGGCACGAAGCAGGUGUUCCGGGUCCCCUCCAACCAUCAUGUGGGGCCCUCCCCAGAGGUGGAAAAAUGCACGUUGUGUGAGUCCGGUCCAAACUCUGGUUCCAGCACACAAGUUGAGUAUAAAAGUGUUUUUGAAAAAAAUAACAUUUUUUUCAGUGUUU